AUGGGGAAGCACUACUGUGACUACUGCGAUGUCUUUCUGACUCACGACUCGGUGUCGGUUCGCAAGGCGCACAACAGCGGCCGAAACCACCUGCAAAACGUGCGCGAGUACUACCAGACGCUCGAACCGGAACACAUCCAGCAGGUGCUCGACACCCUAGCGCAAGAAUAUGAUCGUCGCGGCAUCGAGAAACCUAGAGACUUGCUGCAACCCGCCGGCUCGUCGUUCAUGACUUUCGGCCCAGGCCCACUCAGCGGUGCUCCAGAUCGAUCUUUUCGCCCGCCGCAAGGUCAAGCGCCAAGAAUGCCGAUAGGUGGAGGGCCGGAUCGCCGCGGCGACUCCAGAGGAUCUUCGGGCGGCUAUGGACGAUACAAUAAUAACGAGAUGUCAUCCAGAGAUCAGGGCGCACACCAAAACUACAAUCGCCCACCUCCUCAGGGAGGCCCCUACUCCCGACCUCCUCCCAACAUGAUGGGCGGCGGACCACCGGGAGGCAGCAACGGCUCGUACGCGCCAAGGGGUCCGCCUCCCGGCUAUGGAGCACCGCCGCCGGGGCCGUACCCAUCCGGGCCACCACCCAAUAUGCGCGUGCCUCCACCAUCGCUUGGCUCGAAUGGCUCCUACGCACCACCAUCAAGGUCAGGCUACGGGCCUCGUUGA